CGGUCAGAUCUCGCGAUGUUACGCCCGAUAAAGACACGUGACUCCCUGCAAGAGCACGUACCACCAGUCUUUCUCUCGUGGUGUCGGAGCUGAGCAGACGUGUUCUGCCGCGGAGAUUCGCUAAUCAUGGUGCUGCUCCACGUGCUGUUUGAGCACGCGGCGGGCUACGCGCUGUUCGUCGUCAAAGAGGUGGAGGAGAUCGGCAUGCUGCUGCCCCAGGUGGAAGAGUGCGUGCUGAGCAUCGGGAAGUUUAACAGCAUGGUGAGCCUCGCGGCUUUCUUCCCCUUCAAGUCGGCCCAGGGGGCUCUGGAGAACAUGAACGCCAUUUCUGAAGGUGUUGUUCAUGCGGACCUGAAGUUGUUCUUGGAGACUAAUCUACCCCUCUCCCGCAAGAAGAAAUUAAUGUUGGGGGUUUCGGAUGCCAAGAUUGGAGCAGCUUUACAAGAAGAAUUUACAGUUUCUAUCCAGACCGGAGGGGUGGUGGCAGAGAUAUGCAGGGGUUUGCGUCUGCACUUCCACUCCCUGGUGAAGGGUCUGACUGGCCUGGCAGCCUCCAAGGCACAGCUGGGUUUAGGACACAGCUACUCAAGAGCUAAAGUAAAGUUCAACGUCAACCGGGUCGACAACAUGAUCAUACAGUCCAUUGCUCUGUUGGAUCAGCUGGACAAAGACAUUAACACUUUCUCAAUGCGUGUCCGUGAAUGGUAUGGCUACCACUUCCCAGAGCUGAUCAAGAUCGUGCCAGACAACUUUAUGUACUGCCGCAUGGCUCAGCUGAUCGGAAACAGGAAGGAGUUGUCAGAAGAGAGUUUGCCGAGUCUGGAGGAGAUUGUAAUGGACGCACCCAAAGCUCAAGCGAUUCUUGAAGCAUCCCGGUCCUCUAUGGGUAUGGACAUCUCUCCCAUUGACCUGAUCAACAUAGAGAGAUUCUCCGCUCGUGUUGUGUCUCUGGCCAGCUAUCGGCUGGAACUGCAGGAGUACCUGCGUUCCAAGAUGAGCCAAGUGGCUCCAAAUCUAGCGGCCUUAAUUGGAGAAGUGGUGGGAGCCCGUCUGAUCUCGCAUGCUGGCAGUUUAACCAACCUGGCCAAGUACCCGGCCUCCACGGUCCAGAUCCUGGGAGCAGAAAAGGCCCUGUUCAGAGCCCUAAAGACUAAAGGAAACACCCCCAAGUACGGUCUUAUCUUCCACUCAACCUUCAUUGGCCGCGCUGCUGCCAAGAAUAAAGGACGCAUCUCCAGAUACCUGGCAAACAAGUGCACGAUCGCCUCGCGCAUUGACUGUUUCUCUGAUGUGCCUACAAGUGUGUACGGUGACAAGCUGCGUGGACAGGUGGAGGAGCGCCUGUCUUUCUAUGAAACCGGUGACGUGCCACGGAAGAAUGUGGAUGUCAUGAAGGAGGCUGUCAAAGAGGCUUCUGAUGUCGCAACAGAGAUCAAGCGGAAAAUGGAGAAGAAGGAAAAGAAACGCCAGAAGCGUGCAAAGAAACUGCAGGAUCAGAACGGUGGUGCCGACAGUGAUGUUGAGGAGACGAAUGGAGUAGAUGAAACUCCGCGAAAGAAGAAAAAGAAACUGAAAACCGAAGCUGUCCCAGCGGAGGAAUCUGCUGCCACGGGUAACGGCACAGAGGAAGCGGAAACUCCUGCAAAGAAGAAAAAGAAACGAAAGAGUGAGGCUGUGGAUUCAGAGCCUGCGGAAGAGGUUCCAGAAACGCCAGUGUCUGACAAGAAGAAAAAGAAGAAAUGAGCACCACAGAUCAAGGACUGAAUCUUUAUAUUGGUGUACAGUUAUUUUUUUAUGCUUAGUUCGAUGGGUAUGUAAGCAGUAGUUUUUGCAACCUCAAUGCUUUUUCUGUGCCUUGACGUC